AUGGCUGCUGAAGAAGAGGAGGAAGAAGAUGCAGGGUGCGUUUUGACUACUUUCUUACGGCCGCUAAAACCUGUCCUGACUGACACCGUCCGGAGCACCUCAGGGUUCGCUCGCCGCUAUUUCCAGCUGCAGCAGUCGGGAUGGCUCUCGUACUCCUUCGAACCUGGCCAGCUGAGUCGUGACCAAAUCUUCCUCCCACAAGCAGCGAUCUCUAGCACCCCCGGUCGGAGAGACAUACACAUAGAUUGCGCCACCGCGACAUUUCACGUCAAAUGCCUCAGCGCGGAAGAUUUUAAUAUGUGGAUGACUGCGUUCCGCAAAUUCCUUGCGCGCGAAUCUCCACCCAUGGGUGCGUCCUCUCUAGGCAGAAGGUCUACGGUAAGAUCCACGCUACGGGCCGGGCAGUACAAUCGGUUUGGUGGUCUAGUGGAAGAGAUGGGCAUUACAAUCAAUGAGCUGCAGAAUGCAGUCACUGCAUGGCAGGAUAAUGCUGGUCAACAGAGGGGUAGCAUACAACGUUCGAAGUCUGAGAAGGAUAAGAAAGAUCGCGCCAAGGAGCACGGAGGGCAUGUAUUGGGGAUUUUCAAGAAAGCUGCGCCCCAUGCUCACAACCAGCAUGCGCCGGAUCCCGGAGCCAAAGUACAGCCUUCCGAUACUCCUUCACCUGCAGACCCUUCAUUUCAACGCGUCCAGGCGAUUCUAGAUGCGCUUCGACACCAACAAGCCGCACUGGCCAAGUUGGCAUUAUCCUACUCCCCUGUCGAUACCAACCCUCAUUCCGCGCAUGGAUCCCACCUCUCGAGAACGACAGAGGAAGAUGGAGAACGCACGCCCAUUCCUACCGCUUCGCGAAACUUCCGGAGAUUCUCUACGACGAGCGACCAGAGUGGUGGCAGUGGUAGUGGCAGUGUGUGGUUCGAUGCUCCUGAGGGGGAUGGGGCUGAGGAGUUCGUGGUAGAGGCGACGCCGGGUGAAGAGCACAAGGAAAGCGAGGUAUUUGGUGAAGGUCGUUACAAGAGCCCUCAACCAGAUCCAGCUUCCAGUACAGAGAUAGACGAUACGGAUACGGAUGCCGACACAGAUUCUGAAGAGACAUCCGAAGUCGAACCGGCCGAAACCGCUUCCACAAGCCCUGAACUCCCCAACCAAGAUGAUGAGAAGCCAGUCGUGCGUCGAACUCAGUUGCCAUCAGGUCCUGUAGGAGACGAGGGAAGCCUAUUCGCGGUUCUGAAGAAAAAUGUCGGAAAAGAUUUGUCGCAGGUUGCCAUGCCGGUGACAUUCAAUGAGCCACUCACCCUCCUGCAAAAGGUGGCCGAAGAAUUAGAGUAUCAUGACCUUCUCUCUCAGGCAGCGCAUUCUGACAACCCCGUGGAACGUAUGUGCUAUAUAGCUGCCUUCGCGGUAUCAACAUAUGCGAAUACGAAGCACAGAACAGGUCGGAAAGGAUUCAAUCCCAUGCUAGCCGAAACUUUCGAAGAUCCAAGAAUGCGGUUUAUUGCGGAGAAAGUAUCGCAUAAUCCAGUCAUUCUGGCAUAUCAUGCAGAGGGGGAUGGUUGGAAGCUAUGGGCAACCUCAAGUGGGAAAACCAAAUUUUGGGGUAAGAGCCUUGAAAUUAUCCCCCAAGGAACUACUCAUUUGCAGAUCGGAGAGGAGUAUUACCAGUGGAAACGUCCAUCAUCCUUUAUGAGAAACCUCAUGAUGGGUACCAAGUACCUUGAACACUGUGGCAAGAUGGUCAUCGAGAAUACGACGACAGGUGCCCGCUGUAAUCUGGACUUCAAAGAGGGCGGUUAUUGGGGCCCGACCAACAUGGUUUCUGGGUCGAUACUCUCCUCAUCUGGUAAUAUCGAAGCAGAUCUUGAGGGAAAGUGGGACGAACAGAUGUCUCUGAAGCUAGACUCCUCACAUUUGCGAGUGUUAUGGAGAAUGACACCUUUCUCGAAGAAUGCACUCGACUACUAUGGUUUCACCUCAUUUGGCAUCACGUUGAAUGAAAUCACUUCGGAUUUACAGAGCCGACUACCGCCCACAGACUCUCGUCUACGGACAGACGUGAGGGCACUGGAAGAGGGGGACCUAGAUCUUGCAGAGGAUGAGAAGAAACGGAUAGAAGAGAUGCAGCGAGAUAGACGACGGCGUGGUGCGGACCGCCAGCCACGAUGGUUUAAACAAUCUGGUGACGAAUGGGUCUAUGCUGGAGGUUACUGGGAGCAGCGAGCGAGGGGUUGGAAGGACGUUGAACCCUUAUGGUAA